GCCCACCCUCCCAACCUGAAGACAUUUAUGGACAAGAAGUUAUCAUUGAAUGGUGGCAGACAUGGACAAGGAAUACUGCGGGGCUUUGAUCCCUUCAGGAAUCUUGUGAUUGAUGAGUGUGUGGAAAUGGCAACUAGUGGGCAACAGAGCAACAUCGAAAUGGCGGUCACCCGAGGAAACAGCAGCAUCAUGUUAGAAGCCUUGGAAAGACUCUAA